GAUGUCGUUCCCCAUGAACUCGCUCCCCCAGUGCCUUGUCGCAAAAGAAAUGGUUUUUAUUUCUUCAGAUCACUCGCAGAAAGGCUAGAGCCGAAAUCAAAAGCAGAAUCACUGAAUCAGAGAAGCUAAAGAAGAAGAAGAAGAAGAUGGCGAGGUACGACCGAGCGAUAACGGUUUUCUCGCCGGACGGGCACUUGUUCCAGGUGGAGUACGCCCUCGAAGCUGUUCGGAAAGGCAACGCCGCCGUCGGCGUCCGCGGCUCCGAUAUCGUCGUUCUCGGCGUCGAAAAGAAGUCCACACCCAAACUCCAAGACUCCAGAUCUGUUAAGAAGAUUGUGUCCUUGGAUGAUCACGUUGCAUUGGCCUGUGCCGGUUUGAAAGCAGAUGCUCGUGUGCUGAUAAACAGGGCACGCAUUGAAUGUCAGAGCCAUAGGCUUACGGUUGAGGAUCCUGUAACUGUUGAAUAUAUAACACGUUACAUUGCAGGUCUGCAGCAGAAAUAUACGCAAAGUGGGGGUGUAAGACCAUUUGGCCUUUCAACUUUGAUUGCAGGUUUCGACCCGUACACUGGUGUCCCAUCUCUCUAUCAGACAGAUCCAUCAGGAACAUUUCAAGCGUGGAAAGCCAAUGCGACUGGGAGAAACUCAAAUUCGAUGAGGGAGUUUCUAGAAAAGAAUUAUAAAGAAACUUCCAGACAAGAAACUGUGAAGUUGGCGAUUCGUGCUUUGCUUGAAGUUGUUGAGAGUGGAGGGAAGAAUAUAGAAAUUGCCGUGAUGACAAAAGAGCAUGGGCUGCGCCAACUUGAGGAAGCUGAAAUUGAUGCCAUUGUUGCUGAUAUUGAUGCAGAGAAGGCAGCAGCAGAGGCUGCAAAGAAGGGCCCUGCAAGGGAGACCUAGUUCUGUUGCGUUCUCAUAUUUCACCUCAGUUUCUAAAUACUUCAUUGUUUCUUGAAACUUCCGCAUCUAAUUUAUGGGUCAAUCAGGACCUGAAUUCAGUGUUUUUCUUCAAACCAACACCCCUCCCCCCUCCCAAAAAGAAAUUCCACACCCCCCAACCCCCACCAUUUUUUCCUCAUUGUAUGGAAUUGUUGAUGAUAAUUAAGCACAUUUUUUGUUAUGUGCAGACUGCUGCAUAUAUCCGUUC